AUCAUCUAAAACAUAGUGACCACACAUUUACCACAUUUAUCAUCUUAAAUGAUAUUUCAAGACAUUUACCAAAUUAAAUAAAUACAUUAUUUAUUAAUCAUAUGUUAGAUAUAAUAUGAAUAUUGAAUUAUCACUUAAAUGACAUCCAAUGAUGAGAUGAUGUCAUUUAUCACAGCAUUUCAUUAGUCAAUUAAUUUUAUUAAAAGUUAUAAUUUGUUAAAUUUGGUGAUAAUGUUGUCAUUUUUGGGAUUAAAUCAACUGAAAGUAUGGCCACAAUUAAUGCAAAUGAAUCACAACGACGACUAUAUGUAUGGCACCGGUGGUCGCAGCGCACAGCCGUGUCGGGCCUGUACUGACUUCAAGCAAUGGUCGCAAAAACAAAUCAAGUCUAAGACUUUAAGCGAAGAUAUUGAAUGUCCUCUAAGUCGUGACCAAUUAGGUCGCAAUACGUGGUCUCUGUUGCAUACGAUGGCUGCUUAUUACCCGAAAGACCCGACACCUCAACAGCAAAAUGAUAUGAAAGCAUUUAUACAAAUAUUUUCCCGUUUUUAUCCGUGCGAUCACUGCGCUGAAGACUUUCGCAAAGAUAUCACAACAGAUCCGCCACAGACUCAAAAUCAACACACUUUAAGUCAAUGGUUUUGUCACAUUCACAACAAAGUUAACAAAAAAUUAGGCAAAGAGUUGUUUGAUUGUAAUAAAGUUGAUGAGCGAUGGCUUAAGGGAUGGUCUGAUGGAUCGUGUGAUUAGAUAAUCUAAUAAUACUAAUAAUAAUAAUAACAAUUUGAUUCA